UUACACGAGUUUAUUUUCAGGCUUGUACUUGGAGACUGACAGAGAAGGCAUAUUUAGCUUUGUGCUCAUUUAACAAUAUAGUUUCUGGCUCCACUUAUUUCAAGUGUCAUUGGAAGAAGCUCAAAAAUAUACAAAUUGGAAAUUUCGGUGGUGACAUGUCGCUGCGUGUCUUGUCAGUAUUUCCAGGCGGCGACGGACUGGUGAAGCCAGGCUAGCCGGGCUAACAAGCUAUCAGCUAACACCGUUAGCCUCUUCUCUGCCUUAGCUGGACUCAGUGGAUCCUUUAUUUUUGCAACGCGGCGGUCAUUGUUUUGGGCGACAUGGCAGCCAGCGGAUUCUCUGACCUGAGAGAGAAGCUAAAGUCCAUGACUCCACACCGGGACGACUACGAGAACAAAUACCAAGCGAGUAACGGCAGCGGGAAGGGUCGAAAGCGGAAGUAUCGAGAAUCGGACGACGAUGAAUACGAGCACAGCGACGAUAGUUCUGACCUCCGAGAGCAAGAAGCCCGCAGGGUCAGGAGCAGUGUCGUACAGCUGAGCAUCUUCACCCCGGAGGAGUGCGCCCGCAUCGAGGAGAAGAUCGAUGAAGUAGUGGCCAAAGCAGAGUCUGGACUGUAUCGGGAGCACACAGUGGAUAGAGCGCCCCUCCGGAACAAGUACUUCUUUGGGGAAGGGUACACGUACGGAGCUCAGCUGGAGAGGCGCGGACCGGGUCAAGAGCGGCUGUACCGCAAAGGAGAGGUAGACGAAAUCCCGAACUGGGUUCAUGAGCUGGUGAUCAAGCGGCUGGUGUCCAACGGGGUGAUCCCCGAGGGUUUCGUCAACAGUGCCGUCAUCAAUGAUUAUCAGCCAGGUGGAUGCAUAGUGUCCCACGUCGAUCCCCUGCACAUCUUUGCACGGCCUAUUGUUUCUGUGUCCUUCUUCAGUGACAGCGCGCUGUGCUUUGGCUGUCGCUUUCAAUUCAAACCCAUCCGGGUGUCAGAGCCGGUGUUUGUCCUGCCUGUGAGGAGAGGGAGCGUCACAGUACUGAGUGGCUAUGCUGCUGAUGACAUUACUCAUUGCAUCAGACCUCAGGACAUCAAGGAGAGACGUGCUGUAAUCAUCCUCAGAAAAACUAAACCUGAUGCACCUCGUCUGGACACAGACAGCCCUUUAAGUUCGACUGCUGCCCUGAGACCUGCCCCUCUAAAAGCCAAACGCUCUCAUCGAAAAGCAGAUCCGGAUGCAGCUCACAGGCCAAGGGUUCUGGAGAUGGAUAAAGAGGAGAAUAGACAUCCUUCGCUGUCCCACCACCGUCACCAUAGUGCCAGCUCAGAGAACUACCGGAGACGUGAAGAAGACCAUGAGAGCUCAGGGCGCAAAGUCAAAAUGAGGCGCCACUGACCGCCUCUUUGACAGGCACAUUCACAUAAUAAAAUAUCCCUACUCCUUUAUGUAUGUCAGUAUUGUAACCUUAUUUGAUCAGUUAUUAUUUUAACGGUCCAGUGUGUUCUGGUUCAAGAACAACCAUUAGGUUUCAGUUUUGAUUUGAGUCAAGAAAAGCUUGAGUGUACUAGCUUUUCUGCUGCUGUAAUAGACCAUAACUUACUCACUACAGUAAAAGUCUGUUGUUAAACAGUUUAUUUAGUUUAAAUUAAACAUUUCUUUAUGUUAAUAGAGGAGCAGAAAAGGCAUGUAUUUUUUCUACCUUGAGAAUUGAAAAGAACAUGUACGUAUGAUCUUGUACAAAAGAAUCCCAGUCUGUAAUCUAACUUCAUAAUGUACAAUACAUUACUGUACAGUCUUUACUUGCAGGGCUUUCAUGAAGACUGAUUCUUUAUUUUUGUGUUCUCGCCAUUUAAAUUUCAAAUCUUUUACUUCUGUCAGUUUGCAAUGUCAGAUCUUCACUUUUUGUUCAGAUUGCAGUUUAGGUUUGAGCAACAGGCAACUCCGUCUUGCCAUUUAGUGGAAGUGGUGCAGGAGCAAAACCGAUGCUUCAUGGAAGGCUGCCACGUUUCACUGUCCUGUCUCAGUAUAAGGUUGCUGUGUCAUUUGACAUGAACCAUGUCAUUCCUGUUCCUUAAUAAAAUUACUUUUUCCUCA